AUGCUGCCUGUUCGUGAGCUCACUGCACGUUACGCGCAUUUGUGCCCACUUGGCCUGCACACUGCUUUCUCCGGCGUUGACCCUGUCACCGUGCAGGAAGAGGCCUUCUUUGACCUUCGAGACGGCAUCUGUAUCACAGUUGACUUUGUCUUCAUCGAUCACCCUGAUGAUUCAGUGUCCAGCCCUGCCCUUUCGAGUGCUUCGACAAGUGAUAACGAGUCUUCCGAGGGUGACACCAGCAGUGAUAGGUCUUCAGGCCCUUCCUCUGAGCCCCGCAGCAGGUCCCCUCGGAAUGACCCAACUCCUGCACUUGGCGGCUUGACUCAUCAUGUCGGAGGCGGAAACAAUGGACCUGCCCUCUCUGAGUGCGUUGAAGCUGCUGGUAGAGCUCAUGCAGGGCCCUACGUUCAGGCUGUCUGUGCCUCACCUGAUUGCGCCAUUCCUGGCCUUCCUGCGCUACUCUCCCUCCGCGCCGACGCCGAGGAUCUUUUAUCCCAGGCGGUCCCUCCUAUGCCACCCCGACUCACAACCAAGCUCUUAGUAGAGCCUCCUGUUGGCGGCGGCUUCCCGACCGACGCUCUGCCGCACUUGCGCGACCUCGCGCGCGCUAUUGGACUUCCGUGGCGCUAUGCCGACGCAUCCAGUGUGGACGAGCGCCUCCUUCUUGCGCCACCCAUGCCGGCUGAUGAAGAGGUCGAUUUCCCGGUCGUUCUCCCGCUCUCCUUUGCGAUUCUUACGCCGGGGUAUACGCAAGAAAGCUUGUCUGUGUCGGCUCACAUUCCCUCUGAGGAGGAUUAUGUGCUUCAAUUGCUGCAGGCCGAGCGUGACCCCCACAGGCAGCGGUGGUUCCCGAUUCUUGUGCCGGCUUUACCCCAACCCUCCGAUCGAUGGGGUCUUGUCCUCGCACUCCCUUUGUGGGACCCACAGGCUUCAGUUGUCAUCAUUGAUGCAAGGUCCCACGACGGCCGUCUCUUUGCGGUUCAAUGUCCGAUUUUCGUCUCCAGGCACACUGUCCUUUGGUUAGCUGGUAUCCCUGAUGCCUCGCAGGUCCAUGUCUGGGACUAUUUUGAGGCCGAACCGCUUCAUGACCAUUCAGAAUGCCGGAUCUUUCCCGGACAGAUCUAUGAUUGCGCACUCUUCGGGCACAUCUGUCGUGCUGUCCUUGCUGUCGGAUGGCAGCAUCGGGAAACCACGGGUUACCUCGACUUUGCCCGCACCGAGUCACAGCUGGGCAAAUCUUUACCGUUGAACUUCGGGCGCAGCAUCCCACCCUGGAGCAGCCGGCCGGGUUAUCACAACGGUCGCUCCCAUCAGCCUUACCGGUAUGCAGUUCUGAACAGCAUGUGUGGCUGCGCUGGCAAUGCACAAGAUGCCCUCCGCCUGGGCGCCUGCGGCCCUACCUCUGUUGAUUUGACACCUGCUACGCAUCGCAGUCCUGACCCUCUAUCAGAUGGCAUCGUUUGUGCUGCUGAUCUUGGGGGACGGGGCCGUCGGCGACCGGUUGUUGCGGUGCUUUCGCCCUGCGUCAAGCUUGCUGCCUUCGUUGUUAGUCUUUGUGUCCAGACUGGCACCGCAGUGCAGCUCCCUGGCCACUUGCCAGCGCGAGCUCUGCCGGCCCUUUUGCAGUCCCAAGAGAGUGCCACUCAUCUGUCCCCUCUGGCUAGCACCUGCUCUGCAGAAGGUGCACAUAGUGGCCCAAGGUCUGCCCGACCGAUUCCAACCCCGUGUCGUGCUGCCUUUGCCGUACCGGUGCAUCACCGUGUUCUGCCGCAUCCAGCUGCUGAUGUUGCAGGAUUGCCAAUCUCGCUCGGAGCCCAUGUCGAGGAGGACCCUGUGUCUCAACUUGAACUUGGGCCCUUAUACACUCUCCUCUGGGAGAGCUCCUGUGCACCUGACUGUCAGGCCUUUAUGCUGGCGGCUACCCUCCUCGAGGCAUGCUGUGAACAUUUUCGGACCAACGAAGCUGCUGCCCCACGUAGGCGCAUCUCUCUGUGCACAGCUCUACCCUCCCAUGAUGACGGUAAGACCAAGCAUUGGGACUUCUGGGAGCACCUAGACGAGGCCCUCCCAAGGUACCCUUGGAGCCCGGCUGACCUACCCGAUCUACUGCUUCAGCCUGAGCACGAGCAGCUUAAUCUUGGUCCUUACCGUUUUCCAUGUACACGUGGCCAGCUACUGCAUUUUCUGCAACCGGUUUGCCAUUUUGGCGACGGAUGGGACCUUGCCUUUGCAAUCAGCCAGCGCGACUUGCAAGCAUGUCGUGAGUUGCGUUUUCGGCCCUCCGACUUUCUAUCCGACGAGCUGCACUGCUUCACCGACGGUUCCUUUGAUACCUCAGCGCCCGAUCCUGAAGACACAUGUGCAUGGGCUUGUCUCUUCAUUUCCCCAGUUUCAGGCUUUUGUGCAGCCUUGUCGGGGAAGGUACCAGCUUGGGCCUUUCCUGAAGACAAGCCCUCAGCUUUCCUCGCGGAAUGUUUUGCCUUGAUAGCCGCUGCAUGGUUAAGCGUCACAAACUUCCACCACCUGGCAAUUGUCCUUAGGUCCGACUGCCUGUCUGCCCUUGGGAUUUUUCAGGGGACUUAUGUUGGUGCGCCUACCGGAGCCGCCGCUGUCUUGCGCAGCCUUGGAUUUUUCUGUCGAGAAUUUUCUCCUCGAGGGGUCCUAGCAAGCCAUGUCCGCGGCCAUCAGGGCUGCCUGGGCAAUGAACUUGCCGAUUGCCUUGCCCGUGGAGCCGCCAAGGGGCGCCCCUGUGGUCACCUAGCCUGGGCAGUCGAUGGGAAUCGACCAUGGUGGUAUCAAGGUGGCCCUCCUCUGAGCUGGGCGGCAGUUGCUAUCGCGCGCCUCUCUGGGAAUGCGGCAUACCCGCCUUCGGCAGUUACAGAGUUGCCGCCUUGUCGCGAUUCCCUAGGGCUUGAGCCUGUUCAGCUCGUCGCACCCUUCUUGCCAGCUUCUGCCCCCCCGGCUGGCGAGGGUGCCGGUUGCUGGGGAUCCUUCUCUUUGCGAGUGUGCUCCUUUAACGUGCUUUCUCUCAACAGUCGACCUGUUGAAGGCGCCAUUGCCGAAGGCCUUGCCUUCCAAGCCGCACGACCCACUCUCCUUGCGAAUUGCCUCAAAGAUGCCGGCGUCCAUGUUGCACUCUUACAGGAGGCACGUACCGAAGAGGGCACCCUCCGGACACAGGGUUAUCUUCGAUACGCCUCAGGUGGUACCAACGGUACCUUAGGCGUAGAGGUCUGGCUGCUUGAUGGGCAUCCUCUCUUCACACCUGGUGAAGGUAAAAGGCGACUGCGCCUCGCUGCCGAGGCAUGCAUUGUCGUGCAUCGCGACCCGCGACGCCUUCUUGUGCUAUUCCGGCAGGAGGGGUUCAGCCUUCUCAUUGCCUCCGUUCAUGCGCCGCACCGGGCGUGUGAAGCUACCGUGAUUUCUGACUGGUGGGCUGAAACGCACCGGCUUUGCAACACUCAUGCCCACUCUGCGCCGAUCCUUCUCGGAGGGGACAUGAAUGCUUCUGUUGGCUCUGUCCUCUCAGCUGCGGUAGGGGAUCAUGCUGCUGAUGCCCAAGAUGACUCAGGGGCCCUUUUUGCAUCCUUCCUGUGCUCUCAACAACUGUGGUUGCCAUGCACCUUUUCUUGCUGCCACAGUGGUCCUUCUGGAACUUACAUCCAGAAGCGGAAUGGUGCCCUGACCAGGAUUGACUUUGUCGCUUGCCCGACAGUCUGGCAGAACGGCCGUGUCAGGACAUGGACCGACUCGACCCUGCAUGCGGGUCAGGCGUAUGUUGAUCAUAUUGCCACGUGCUGCCAGAUUGAUCUAUCCAUCAAUCUCCGUGGCCCCACUCGAUCUGUAAGGCAGCGACGUUUUGACGGGCGAGCUAUGCUGACCCCGCAGGGGCGGGCUGCGGUUGAACGUGUUUUUCAGCACGCCCCCCUGAUCCCGUGGGAUGCUUCCCCUCACGCCCAUGCUGCCACGCUGGUGAAGUACCUUCAGGAUGCUCUAUCCACCGCCUUUCCUCCUUGCCAAAGGCGCCGCCACCGGUCUUACCUGACUGAUGAUACUUGGGCUCUGCACGCCGAAGUUGCGCGCCUACGAAAAGCGUGCACCCGUGUCAAAAGCGCCUUGCGCUUUCAUUUCCUGGCAGCAGCCUUCCAAGCCUGGGCAUGUGCCGAUGGCCGCAUCCUCCUGCGAAUGCUUGAUUCCGCUUGGACCAGGGAAGCUCAUGUGGCAGGGGCUCUGUACAGCAGCCACCUUGGCGUCGUCUCUGGCCGUUUGAAGUCCGCUUGUAAGCAGGAUCGUGCUGCGCACUUCAGUGGACUUGCCGAUGAGGUGCAACGCGACGACCCGCAUGCCAAUAAGGCCAUCCAGCGCCUUAUGGGCCUCAGGAGAAGGAAGCCUUUCCGCCCAGAUGUGCUGCCUAUGCUACAGAAGGAGGAUGGCAGCUUUUGUAGGACCCCCGAUGAAAUCGUCCUCCGAUGGAGGGAGCAUUUUCGGCACCAGGAAGACGGGGUCAAUGUCAGACCUGAGGACCUGCCCAGUCUCCCCGCCUCCACUAGCGGUUUUGCUGGCCCUCCCCUCUUGAGCGAAAUGCCCUCCCCGGACGUGCUCUUGCAAGUCAUCGCUUCUUCGUGUAAAGGUAAAGCCGCGGGCCCUGAUGGGCUGCCAGCAGAAAUUGGGCAUGCUGCUCCCCUCAGCCUUGCACGUCUCCUCAUGCCCCUCCUCCUGAAGGUUGGCCUCACCUGUGAGGAACCCAUAGGGUUUAAGGGAGGGACCCUUAGUAAACUUUACAAGGGCAAAGGCGAGACCUCUCAGUGCGCCAGUUACAGGGCCAUCAUGCUCCUACCUACCCUCGCUAAAUUCCUGCACAAGGCCUUUCGGCCGGGUUUAUACGAGGUCUUCAGUAGCAAUGCCGCUCCGGCGCAGCUUGGUGGCCUCAAGCGGACGUCAGUCGUGCUGGGCUCCCACCUCACGCGAGCCUUUCAAAGGUUCUGUGCCAAUGCAGGCACGACAAGCAUUGUGCUCUUCGCCGAUGACGCUUCCGCUUACUAUUCAGCGGUUAGAGCUCUCACCGCGCGUAAACAGGGCUCUGGGCGGUCUGAGCAUAGCUCCUGUCCUGCUGGCCGUGAGCAUCUUGAGGAGGCCCUUCAGCAACCCACUGCGAUGACACAAGCCCGUGCCUCGCCGUGGAUUGAGACUCUCACUGCCGAACUUAACAGCAACACCUGGAUGUGCCUGGCGGGAGAUUCGCAGCCGAUCGCCACCCGACAGGGCUCGCGACCAGGAUCGAGUUUUGCUGACUUGUUCUUCGGAGUCACCAUACCUCGUAUGCUUCACUGGAGGGAUUCUGCGAGGCCCGAGGCUGAUGCACACGGUCGCCAUUUUGAACAUGCACCUGUCGUGCAUUGGGAUGGGCGCUUUGACCUGUCACCGCCCACCACGGACCCGUCGCAAUGGUGCGCAGCCACCGUUCUUUCAGACGUUGUCUGGGCAGAUGAUCUUGCCAAAUGCAUUAUCGUCCCAGCUGCGAAAGAUGCUGCCUUCGCUGCAGCAUCUGAGUGUGGCCUAUUGGCCGAUGCCUUUUAUGCUCACGGCUAUGACCUAAGUUUCGGCCCUGCCAAAACUGCUGCGAUUGUGGUGCCACGUGGAGCAGGGUCACGUCACGUAAGAAAGACCCUCUUUGGAGCCAAGCCCAUCCUCCAGGUUAUGCGAGAGGAGCAGGGUGCAGCCUCGCUUCCUCUCGUAACCUCAUACCGUCAUCUAGGAGUCAAAGUUACCUCUGCUAACUCCUUGAUGACUGAGUUGAGACACCGUGCCUCACAUGCGUGGGCAGCGUUCCAGCAGGGGCGCACCAAGGUUUUCCGAACGGGCCGGAUUGCCUUGCGCCGAAGGGGCCUGCUCCUCUCCACUCAUGUUAUGACCAAACUCCUUUUCGCUGCUGGUGCUUGGCCUGCCCUAAGUAAGGGAGAACAUGCCUUCUUCUUUAGGACUGUCAUGGCCCUAUACCGGCAGACGUUGGCGAUACCCCACGGUGGGGACCAACACCUCACCCAUGCGACAAUUUGCGCUCUAAUCGGCCAGCCACCCCCUGAGAUUCUGCUCUUGACCGAGCGCGCCCGGUAUUUGCUCCAGCUUGUGAACGCGGCCCCGACCCAGUUAUGGGCUUUAAUCCGGCGCGACCCGCCGUACAUUGCUCACUUGCGUGAGGCCAUUUUCUGGGUCUAUCGGUGGGUCAGUGCAACCUCCAAUCUGAGGGACCCUGACUCUGCUUGGCCCGAAUGGGAGCAUUUGAUGCGGCAGCGCCCACACAUGUUCCGGGUGUUUGCUAAGCGCGCUCGUGGCCUCGAAAUUGCCCGUACUUCCUGCAUUGCGGCCCUCCAAGCUGUUCGACGCUCGCUCGAACAGCUGGCGGGAUGUGAUCCUGCUCCUACCGCUGUUGCCUUGCAGUACCCUGAUGCUUGCCUCCAGUGCAAGAUCGCAUUCCCCAGCCGGACCGCUUGGGCUUGUCAUGCCUCGCGGUUGCACGGCUACCGUGCACCGUCUACGCUUCUUGUAGCCGGUUGUGACAAACCGCUGUGCCGAGCGUGUGGCAAGCUUUAUGCCAAUGUCGGGCGGCUUAAGCGCCAUUUGGGUGCCUCUGCCAAGUGCCGCCGUGGAUGGGGGACUUUCCGCCCUGCUUCGGCUCCGACGCCGAAUGCACACCCUGAGGCCCCACCUUUGCAUACUCCGGGCGAUUGGGGCUUUGUUGAGCUUGACCUUGACCCUGCAUGCGCCCACCCUGGCUUGCUUGCCGUGCUGCAAGGGCUAGAUUCACCAGCUCAGGAACAGGUCUGGAGUGCGGUUGUCGAGUACAUCGAGCCGCUCGACGUUCUGCGUAACACUCUCGAUGCGUGGCAGCAAGCACCUGGACCUUUGCAAGAUCCAGAUACUGUUUCUGCCAUCUCUGCCGAUGUCCGUCUGCUGCUCGACCCAGAGUUAUGGUGUGAAGACUUCCGGGCCCCCGCGCUGCCUUUGGUGGUCAGCUGGGAGGGGCCCGGUGGUCUGGACGAGGGCUACGGGACGAGUUUCGCCGUCAACGGAGAGACGACCUUGCUGGAGCACGUGCUGAAGUGCGUCGAACAAGCAAGCGUGGAUCGUAGAUUUGGUGCGGUUGCUGAAGAGGUCGUGCAAGAUAUGAAGGCCAAGGUGUCCCUCCUUCAGAACUUCACCGACAUCUCUGAAACACCUCAGGACUGGAGUCCUGGUACACAUGGCCUGUGGUAUGCGGAUGACCAGAAAGCGAAGGUCGUCUACUUGCCGCAGGUGGCACAAGAGGUGGUCGACAACACAUCGUCCCAAAAUGCUGCGCAGCGGCUUGUGGCCAUCGUCCGCCGUCGAACCGGUUCAGCCGCUGAGGGUGACGAGGUGGACGAGGAAGAGGAGGAAGAGGAGGAGCUGCUGACGCUCCCAGAAGGCCACUCUCUCUACCGAUUCGAGACCGUGCAAGGCGAGUGUCCCAUCUCCACCUUGCCUCUGCUGCAGACACGGACGCCUGACUACUUGGACGGCGCCCUGGUGCACGACCAGGAUGACCCCGGGGAUUCUCGGCGUGAUCGAUGGCAUCGAGGCGGUCCGCUGGGCCUGGACGCUCACCGGCGUUGCCACGGAGAAGGGGCGGCGGAGCACGCCCAGUGUUGGACGUCCCGGGCGCGCAAGCGCCCGUACGCUGCCUCCCGGCGCCUGGCUAUGCAGAUGCGCCUCCGGCUCACGUUCGAGGAGGUGACGGCGGAGAUCAUGAAGGACCAGGAGAGCCUCAAUCAUUGA